AUGUGGGAAGAGUUGAAAACUGAAGAUAAUGAAACAUAUUAUUACAAUUCAGAGACAAAUGAGACAAGGUGGAUAUUACCAGAAGGAGCAACUAUAAAACCAAAAGAAGUUGUUGAAUCUAAAUGGGAGGAAUAUGAAACUGCAGAUGGUCAAAAAUAUUAUUAUAAUGAAUCAACUGGUGAAACAACCUGGGAUAAACCAAAAGAAUUAGAAGAACAAGAGACUCAAGAGAAACCAAAAGAGGUAGAAAGUGAGAUAGAGAAACAGCUAAAGGAUAAACCAGUGAUAGUGAAUGGUCUAAUGAAGGACAUUAAAGAUGAUGGAUCCGGUGAAGAUUUUUUGAAAUUAUUAAAAGAUAAUAAUGUUGAUUCCACAUGGUCAUUUCAAAAAGUGAUGGAAACUUUCAUUGAUAAACCUGAUUAUUGGAGUAUAAAAAGUUCAAUAAGACGUAAACAAUUAUAUGAAGAGUACCUAAUAACGAAAUUUCAAGAAGAGUUAUCAAAUAAAUCAUUAUUAAUAGAAACUUUUAAAAAGAAUUUUACUACCCAAUUAGAGAAUUUAAAAUCUAGAGGUAGUUUAAAUCAAGAUACUCGAUGGAUAACAAUUAAGAAAAUAUUAAUCGAGGAAGAAAAUCCAAUUUUCAAAACUUCAAUGAUGUCAGAUUUGGAAUUAGCUGGAUUAUAUUAUGAGUAUACUGAUAAAUUGAAACAAGAUAAUCAGGAAAUGAUAAGAACCAAAAAAGAUCAAGCAUUAACUGAAUUGAAAAACUAUUUAAACAAUAAUUCAAAUUUGGUGAUGAAUUCGAAAACAUGGGAAUUAUUUUAUAAUCAUUUGAUUAACGAUUCAAGAUUUAAAAGCAAUCAUCAUUUCAACAUACUUACAAAAUUGGACAUACUCAAACUAUAUGAAUCUGAAUUAUAUCCUAAUUUAAUCAAGAAUUUAAAUUCAAAAAUUACAAAUUUAAUGAAACAAAAUUAUACAUUCGAUAGAAUUGCCAGAGCAAAGUUUAAAAAGUUACUAGGAGCAUUGGAGAUUACUAUAGAUACCGAAUUUAAAGAUAUACUACCUAAGAUUGAGAAUGAAGAUGCAUUUAUUGAAUUAUGCGGUAGAUCGGGUUCAACACCAUUAGAAUUAUUCUUAGAUAUAAGUAAAAAUCCAGCAUCAGAGUCAAAGAAACGUCCAUUAGAAGACCCAAUUGAUACCAAUGACACCAAGAAACUGAAAACUUCACUAAAUUACUAA